CUUUUCUUCGUUCCUCUUUGGAGACAGCGGAAGAACUUUACAGACGGACCAGCUUCCGGUGCCUUUUGUCAACAACAUCCACGAGGAGCUCGCGUGGGUUUAACUUUGAAAAUGCCUAAAGCGCAGAAGGGAAAGACGGAAAAAGUAGUACAUCCGUACAGCAGGAAGGCAGCAUAUUUGGCCCGAGAGGAGCUGCGUCUCAAGAGGAAAGAGAGACAUAAAAAUGAUAAAGCUACUCGCCUCAGCAACAUAGGAGAAAAGCUGAUGUGGUUUCAGGAGCAGCUUGAUCCUUUAAAGACGAAUUACACCAAAAAAGAUGCUUGUGACAUCAUUGAAAGGUACCUGCAACGAUUUGAUGCUGAACUCGAGCAGAUCGAGUUGUUGAAUGGAAUCAAAGGUCGUCAGGGUCGUCUCCAUGGAGCCCGAGAAGCAGUAAUCAAACAGACCAUCGAAAGAGAGAGGGCACAGUUUGAAGGGGUUGGCUUUGAAAUUCCAGACAUCAUGAAUGCAAAACAUCUAAAAAUGUUCAGAGAAUGGACAGGUGAUUUGAAGAAACUGCCAAAUAUAAAACUGCGUAAAGUUUCUAACAAAGGACUGGAUACAAAAUCAGAUGAGCAGGAAAAGGACGAAGAGAAAGAUGAAGAGGAUAAAGAUGCUUUAGAAGAAGAGUCACAAGAAGGUGAGGAGGAAAACUUGGACAACGAGCAAGAGGACAUGCUGUUGAUGUCAGACUGAGAGACUACAGAUUUUCUGAGAUCAGUUGUGGAAGUAUCGGCUGCUAUUUCUGACCUGUAGAGGAUGUCAAAAACAGAAACUUGACAGACACAUGAGGGGCUCCUAUGUUUAUUUAUUUCACAAAUAAACUGAAAUGGAAAGUCUUCAGUUCAAUCCAGUAAGAAAUAAAAGGUGCUUGAAUGUGAUGAAAUAAGAAAAGCUGAUUUUUGUGGUAUUACCACUACAGUUAAAACCAAUUGGAAAAAUCAUAAUUAUUGAACUGAAAUGUCAGUAGUGUUGUUUUUCAUAGCAAAAAUUGGCAACCAAGAGGCAACACAAGUUACAUCAUCUUUCAUAAAAACACAGCACAAGAUUUGUUUGGUUUUUUGGAAUCUGUUGUUUAAAAUGAAUGAAUUUUAGACCUAUUUAAAAUAUUUUAUUUGCCUCUUGAAAUGACUUUUUUGUGUUAGUUUAUCACUGAUCUUUGGUUUGUGUAAACCUGAUUGUCCACCUGUAAAGUUUGUGUAUUUUUUAACAAAGUGCCUUUAGGACUGAGUUUAAGAGUGCAACAUGCCCAUUUAGGGUGCAUAAUAAGUGUUGAAAUCAAAUUGAAAGAGCCUAUUUGAAAAAUACAACACACAAUCUACAACUCUCCUUCAAAUAAACACUGUACCAGCCCCACCCAUGACAAGGUGAUGGUGUAUUCAUAAUUGUUUGUCUUGGCAAUAAACAGGCAUCACAUAUGGCCUCAUGAUUACAAAAC